CGGCAAAUAAGUGAACCGCGAGAUGCAGAGUGGCACAAUCUAAAUGAUCCCUAUGCCCUACCAUUACAAGGCUUUACAUUAUCGAAAGCUAACAACAUAUGCUUCUGUUCAAACAACUGUGAUAAAUGAUUCAGUACUCUUUUAUAGCAAAUAGAGUAACAAUACAGAUGUAUUUGUUGUCAUCAUUGUGACUAUAUGUUUGAAUGAGCUUUUAGGAGCCACGUGGGCGUGUACCCCUGAAAGAUGCGGGGUUAUUAGGGAAACAAGCUUACUUAACCUUCUUUUACUUGGCCUUAUAAUUAGUGGCCUGAAGCAAUACUGUUACUCCAUCCUUACAAAAACAAUGUUUAUUGAGAACAGUCCGAGGAUAUACAUAUUAUGAAUAAUUCCUUUCAUUAAUUUGCCGACAUCUCCGUUUGGAGCCCUGGAAAUCAGAGUGAUUAAUUUAUGAGUCUCACAAGAAUUUCCUCAACGCCUGCCUGUUGAUUGCAGUGCUGGAGUUUAUUUAUUAGCUGUUCCAAUGAGCUCGCAAUUCAAGACACCCUGGCAAUUAGUCAAGUGUUUUGCAUAUCACCUUACACUUGUCAGCUUGUCUUCCAGGUCUAUUGCAAAUAGCGUUUUGAAAGAUUAACCUUUAUUUCUGACCAUGACGACGAGCACAUUUUUGAGGUAAUUUUGACUAACUUUCUUCCCGUUGCCACUUUUUGAUAGGCUUAUAAAGAAAAUACAGUGUCAGGUUCGCAGCCAAUUAGAGUGGGAUAUGGCGUACCACAUAUCAGAGUUAAAGGAAAGGAGAGUCCUGCCUCUGGCGUUGAAAACGAGCCUCUGCUGCCUCAGACUGAAAUAAGUUAGGAAAGGGAAAGAGCAGUCUUCUCUACUGCGAGAGACAGUUAUGGGGCGAGUGAUUAAUUACGUCUGAGUGAAAUACUUGUGCACCGCUUUGUGUAUCCAAUAAAUGAAGGGCUCCUGAGACUUUUGCGCACACAGGUGAAGUGUUGGAUAAGCGUACGGGUACUGCCACUUUAUAAGGAUAAGCUGGACGUGGACAGGGACUGUUCUGCAUUGAAGAGCAAAUUCUCCAUCCUACCGAAGCCCUCUUUGGAUUGCCUUCAUGUCGUUUUUCAAGACGGAGCCUUUGAGAGAUACCAGAGCCUAAUUCUUCAGGUCUGUAAGUGCACCCCAAUGGUUGGAAGACAGACGCUCCGGAUGGACAGCGGUAGUUGCUCCGGGGCGGUAGUGGAUGACAGCCCUGCGUCCAGUCCGAGCUCCAGUCCCAGUCCGGACGGUCGUCGUCGGGAGCUCCAGCGGGCCAGGGUGCUCCAGGCCGGCGGGCUCGGCGGCAGAGGACGCCCGGCAGCAGCUAACGCGGCGCGGGAGAGGAGCAGAGUGCAAACCCUGAGAACCGCGUUCCUGGAGCUACAAAGGACUUUGCCGUCCGUACCGCCGGACACCAAGCUGUCCAAACUCGACGUGUUGAUACUGGCCACCACCUAUAUUGCCCAUUUGACUCGAACACUACAAGAAGAAGGCACGGAGGAGGGAGAGAGCACAAAACAAACAGAGGCGUUACACUCAUUGAAAGGUGACGGCUACCUGCACCCAGUGAAGAAAUGGCCUAUGCGAUCCAGACUGUACGUCGGAGCAUCCGGACAGUUUCUCAACACCACAAAUCCUUCAGAGUCAGAGAAUCAAGGCCCUUCAUCGUCCACCUCCCAGUAAUAGGCUUAAAUCAUUUGUAUGAAACAAUUUCAUAUUUGCAUGAGUUCAUGCUGUUUACUGUGGCAGCAGCAUAUGCCUUAUGAUUGUAGAACAAUUAGCUGUCUGAUUUUACUUCCACUAAAGCCCUACCAGUACACUUUGUAAAUUAAUAUAUUACGUGAAUUUUAUUGUAUAAAUUUGGAGAAAGCAUAGAUUAUGUUUCUCUGUUGUUAUUUUGCCUAAUCCUGUUUGCCCUGCAUUGUGCAGCUUCAUACAUGUUCCAUGAUAUGUGUAGAAAUUCCAUGGGGUAAUGAGCCCGUCAUGCUUGAGGUGUGCACUUUCAGUUGAAACAUUUGCACUAAAUGCAUGUGUGAAUAACUUAACAUCUGUCAUGUGAAGUGGUCUGUCAGAGAGUCAACAAUAGAGGCUCUUCAUCUCAUGUUCCUUCUUAUUUUUACAUGCAUGGUUGUAAAUGUGUUUGUGAAUAAAUGACUUCAGUGAAAGAAGACGAGUCUCCUGAGGUUUUGACGAUAAUAGAAAAUUUAUGAGUGCCCUUUUUUCAUUAGGCCUAUAUAAGAAUAUAAAAACGUAUAAUAAUUGAAAGUUCAAAUAGAGCUUGUCUGGGCAUCAUUCAUUAUCAUUAUUAUUAUUAGGCUAUUAUUAUUAUUAUAUUGUAAUUCAACCACUUAAGAUUGUUCUUGUGAUCACCGGACAGUCGCGCUACUUCUGUGACUAAGAGUAAUAUUCAACUAAAAUCAGUCAGCUGUGGUAGCCUACUCGCUUUUAGGCGAAAUAAAGAAUUUAUAGUUCACAACACAAAAUUUAAUUGCAGCAAAAUGACUGCACCUGACUGAUUAAUAUGCAGUUGACCUUUAGGCUGAGUAGUUUUAAGCUGACUUUAGAAAUCCAGUGGGCUAAACGAUAAGAAAUAUAUAGCCUACACAUCUUAAGGUGUUCCGCUGUGUUUAGUGUCAACAUGUGAAGCAAACAAUUAUUAGCCUACCUAUAUUUGUACAGAUUAAAGGCGUUAGCCUCUUCACAUUUUAUAUUUUAACAAUGUAUCAUUUCAGGGGAAGCAAAAGUGAUAUGAAGUUGCCUUCAUGUCUUUUUGACACUCAUUAGAAAAAGAAUGUCUUUAUUUGCUGAACUUUGUUAGACCAAUUGAUGUGAUCAUAUGAUGUAACUUAAAAUAUUGAUAAUGCAUAGGCAAAUGAGAACAUUUUUAAGAGGAGAUAAUGGGUGGUAUGUGUCAGUUUUGGGGAAAAUGAGGGAGGUUAUAGGCAUACAAACUAUCAGCUAUAAAGAGCCGUGUGUGUUUUAUCUGCAGUGAGCUGAAGAAAAUAAAGAUAAUCUGAAUUUCCACUAUAGAUGACUAAUUCGACAAAAACCUGGUGCUUUUGUGUAAUGCAAUGGAGAGAAUGCAUUCAUUGGCCAUUUUUCUAUCUUAAAUAUGAGCGUCAACGAACGAAAUAGGAUGUAGUUGGUGCUGACAAUAUAAUUACUGCUCAGCUGUGCACUUCAUGAGCUGCAGUGCGCAGCUUUGGGGCGCAGUAAAGGGAGCUCGGAUCCGGAAAUCCUUCCUCUUUUCAUGGAGACUCAACCAUGAGCAGAGAUGUGACCGGCUCCUCACCACAUCUGAAAACUAAGAAGACUACAUCAUGUUCAAUCUUCGAUACGAAGAUGUGCAGAUGAAGAUGGCAAAUUUUAUCUAUGAUUGGUACACCUGACAAGAUGUCAGGUCACCACUAUGGCCAAGUAAUGGUUUUCACUGUGUGGACCUGGAGCUGCUUCAGAUGUCAAGCUGUGGUCACAGGAGAUGCACUGGACGUAAUCCUUUUGUCUCCUGUGCUGAUCAGGAGAUAGCAGUUGCAUCAGCAGUGGAACAAAAACACACUUAGUGUUUGCUUCAUCUCAUCUGUGGUUACAGAGCCAGUUGAGUGUGACUGUCUAUGGGGAAGCCUCAUUUAAAAAUGUUGCUGGAGCUGAUGGAUCACCAUUUGGAGGAAGUCUUGAGUUAUUUGCCAGAUUUUUAUUUUUUUUAUUUUGAUGCCCUCCAUUAAUAAAACCUGUCGGCAAGAAAAA